AUUUUCUUUCUUUGCUUUUUAUUUUCUUUCUUUCGAUCAUUUUAAACAGAUACCUCACAGUCUGACAGUCUUUUAACAUCCGGGUACAAAUCAUGGCGUCCACACGGGAAAUCUGUUCGCUUUUGCUGGUUAUAAUUUUGAGUGUUAAUAUUGUCGAGUCGAGAGUAAUGCAACCCGUCACUCCUGCGUCAUGCGAUAAACCAGCUCUUCCGGGAAUAUGUAAGAAAAAGUCUGUUCCUAGCAAGUGUUUGUUUGAUCCCAGCGUCGGGACACUCCAGGUGGAGUGUAAAAAAACGAAAAAAAUAUCGGAUGAUUGUAUUUCACUCUUGGCCUUAUUUAAAACAGAAUCCUUCUGUUGCCCUGACAACCGUGUGGUGGUCGGCACGAACAACAAUAGGCCUGUCUGCUGCAAGCUGAAACCAGAUAUUUGCCUGACUGACUGCGUCAAACAGAACGUUUUCUAUUCAUUCAAACUUGGUUUUGACUUCCAAAUACCGGACGGAUACGCACUACACGGCAAGUACCUGUACGGAAACUGUUCCGAUGAUCCAACCCUUUUCCAUGUAAAACUUUGCAAGCUGACGAAAAAGGAAACAAAAUAUUAAAAACAACUGACAACGCGAUGCACGUAUCGAAUAAUAUUUCAGAGAUAUGUUGUUUUUAAAAUAUCCAAGCAUGAAUAAAUUUAUUUAUUUGAUUAGAGAAAAAAAAA